AACUUUAGUCCUUCUCGGUUUCUCCUUUUAUUGGCUUUAACUCUCCACUCUUCUUCUCUCUUUGAGAAAGUAAAAUAAUAAGAAGGGAGGAAAAAUGGUUACCACCCGGCAAACGAAGGCCAGAAUCACCACAGCCUCUCACCGCCAGCCACAAUCAGAGCCAGAUUCUUCAGUAAAGAAGUUCUUCAAGGUGGUUUUACCCUCAACAAUGAAGAGAAGCAUGAUGAUGAUUCCACCAAGAUUUGUGAAGCUACAAGGGUCUACACUCUCCGAGGUUGUUACACUAGAGACUCCUGUGGGAUUCAAGCGUUCUAUAACACUUAAACGGAUCGGUGAAGAGAUUUGGUUACAGGACGGUUGGGGUGAGUUUGCAGAGGCUCAUUCCAUCAGUGAAGGCCAUUUUCUCUUCUUCGACUACAAAGGAAACUCAUGUUUCAGUGUAAUGAUCUUCAAUGUCUCGGCUUGCGAGAUUGAUUAUCCACUGGAUGAAGUUCAUAUCAGUGACAGCGACGAUGACGUCAUGGACGUUACAGAGGAAGAGUUUCUUGGGACUCAAGGUACAAGGAGAAAUGAUCAAUCUGUUAAUGGUGGUGGUUCAGAGCAUAACCCCAAGAAGAGACCAAGAGACGAGGAGUUUGAUAAGAUUCUAAACGAUGUUGAUGAGAUCAAUUCAAUCAAACUGCUUGAGGACGAAGACGAAGGCAAGAGAGUCUUCAGGGGACAACAGUUCUUUUAACAGAACAGAAACACCUGCAUGUGUUUAUGUUGUGUAAUGUAAUGCAUUGUACUUAAUGAACUCAACAACUUAGUUUCUGAUUAUGUCUAAACAAAGCUGUAACCAGGUCUUGUUUUGAUUCUUUUUUCUUUCAUCUCAUUCCUCAACUUCUCUACCUCUACCCAUUUCCCUUUAGAAGCUAACACAUUAGACAACGCAACAUAAUCUUCGCAUUCAGAGCCCUUCUCCUCUUGUUCCAUCUCCAUAAGAGCUUUUCCUAUCUCUUCACCCAUUACAGUCUCUCCAUAGACGCUGCAGGCAUUGCAAAGACUUCUCAAAAUGAUAGAAUCAGGUUUGAUCGGCAUAGCUAAUACAAACUCGUACGCUUCUUGUAACCGCCCUGCUUUACCAAGAAGAUCUACAAUGCAUCCGUAGUGUUGAAUAACCGGAGUAACACCAAACCUUGUCCACAUGCUCUGAAACAACUCCAGCCCUUCUUGAACAAGACCUAUAUGACGGUAAGCUGAAAGCAAACUAGUGAAAGUUACUACGUUUGGUUUGAUCCCAGACUCCGCCAUUCGGUUUAAAAGACUCGGUGUUUCGUUUCCUCUUCCGUUGAGAGCUAGCCCCGUUGCCAUUGAAGUCCAUGUUAAGACAUUCUUCACUCUCAUUACCUCGAACACAGAGAUAGCACUGUUUAAACAGCCGCAUUUUGAGUACAUGUCUACAAGUCCAGUACCAAUAAAGACAUCAACUUCGGGUAUAAACCCAAGUUUCUCUAUGUAACCAUGAACAAGAGCACCAACUUCGAGCAAACCCAUCUGAGAGAUAGCUGAAAGAACACAAACCAUAGUCGUAUCAGUAGGUCUAACUCCAUCACCACAACAACAAAAUCUCCUAAACAAAACCAUCCCUUUCCUCGCAUUAUGAUUCCCUUUAUCCUUACGCGAACAAUACCCUCCAAUCAUCCCGUUCCAAGUAACCGAAGUUUUCUCAGGCAUUUCAUCGAACACCUUCCUCGCAUAACGGAAAUCCCCAUGCUUACCGUAGAAAUGGAGUAAAGUGGUUCCAAUCAAUUCAGAGUUAUAGAGAAACCCAAGCUUUAUCACCAUCCCAUGAACAAUCCUCCCAACACGCAACGAAGAAGCUGACCUGGCGCAAGCGCCGAGGAGGAAGACGAACGUGCGCUCGUUGAGAUAAAGCAACGAACUUUUUGAUACCCAGCUGGUGAAAAUUCGGAUAGAGUCUUCUGGGUUGCUGCAUUUAAGCAAUGUGUUGAAGAGGAACUUGUCGGGAUGACGAAAUCGAGGGAACACGAGUGAAUGAGAAAGCUUGGAGCUUUCUGGAGAUGGGUUCGAACAGUAAUGGCCUAUGAGUUUGCCGAGGAGAGAAUUGUCUUGGCAGCCAUGGAUCACGAGUUGGGCAUGGAUUUGCUUAGCCUGAGCUAGGGUUUUUGUGUUUCGGUGUAACAAGGACAGGAAUCUUGGUCCAGGGAAAAC